AUUUGUCGUCUGAGUGCACGCGUCACGUGACGGGAAUGAACGCUGUCGUUGCAUUGUGUCAUUUCUGUGAGCUGCACGGCCCGAGUGUCGUCUUCUGCACGCAGGCGUUUUAUAGGCGCUCAGUGGUGCAAACUGGAGGUGAAGUGGAGUUUGACUAUCUGGGAAGAGGCUUAGCUUCACCACAUUCUAGCCAAGACGUUUCCGGCUCAAGUCUACCCGGAUCUGCAAAGAUCACUGACCUCUGUGAGGCUUGCAGGUCAUUGGGACCUGAUCAGGCUGGAUAUAUUAGUCACGAUCGGGAAGCUCAAAUUCGCUAUGUCAGUGGUCAAUAUCCCGCCAUGCCUCAGUUGUACAGUAUUGUAAGACAGGCUUGUGUCAGAAGUUUAAGCUGUGAAGUAUGCCAAGGUCGUUCUGGACCAAUGAUCUUUGGCGACAAUCGAGAAGGACACGUCUUCAGUUACACUUUCUUUUUGCGUGAUCGACAGGCUCGUGGACUUCAGAGAUGGUACAGUAUUAUUAUUGUCACAAUGGAUAAAGUCUUUUUGAUCAACUCGUGGUCAUUUCUUGUUAAGAAUUGUCAGACAGUUAUUGAAGAUUUACAGGACAAAGCACAGAAGAAGUAUGACAGUGAAGGUCCAGAAUCGACUGCCGUAUCUCCUACUGUGUCAUCACUUAUUGGACCGAGUAUCGACCAAUUUCGGAGACGUAGAGGCUUGAGACAUACAUUUAGAUCAAUUGCUGAGUUAACCGGAGAAAUGGUACCUCACUAUCUAGUGAUGGAUUUGUACAGAAGGUUUCACAUUUACUUUUCUCUUCUCUUAAAAGCUGGAGGAUCUCGGCUGAUUGAGCAACAUUUUGAAGGCUCACCUUGGGGAUUUGAAGCAAGAGAUGAUGAACCGGAGGACAGCAGGGAGGUGUCAAGGGAAGAGAGUCUAGGAUUGUCUCUUGAGUCUGAGAUUGGACAUCAUGAUCUAACGUUUGAGAAGUCUGAUGACUCACUGCUCUCUUUCAAUUCUCUGAAACACUUCUAUAAGGUUGUUGGUCGAAAGAACUUCCAGUUGCUUGCAAAAAACGUGCUCGUCGGCAACCAGUUGAUUGUGAGAGGAUCCAUCAAGCCACUUGUGGUGUCUGCUCUGCAGACGUUACAGAGUCUUCUUCCUGCUGGAUGUUGCCAAGUCAUUCCUUACAGCUCCGAGUAUUUGGACUCAUACAAAUGUAAUUUUCUGGGCAUUCACUCCGAAGUCCAACUGCCAUCACAUCUGCGAUCUGCAGAAAUGUUUGUCUUAUUGGACAUCACCCGGAAGCAGCCUGCAGGAUUGGGUCGGCAGCAGGAGUUGGCCGUGUUCGACAGCACGAGCAUCGGAGAUUAUAACUUUGCAGUACACGUGUCUAGUUCGAUCCAACAGGAUGAGAAACUUCCUUCAAUGUUGACGACACUGGAGAAUGCUCUGGCUGAAGACGCCUUUAGUGAUUCUGUUGUCGAGCAGUGCCUUGUUAGUAUUAAAGCCGAAUGGAUGAACAAAGUAAAAGUUCUGUUCAAAUUUCGUCGGACAGGACAACGGACUCAAGAGGAUCUCAGCAGAUUACUGAACGUACUUCAUGUAAAACCCGAGGAUCGACAGCUGACUCAGUUUUGGACACGUGGCCUUGGUCAUCAGUACCGAACACAAUUCCUUGCGUACAGUACCUCCCCUACCUCGUCGGUAGAGAAAACGGUCACUGGCUCUCAGAAUGACAAACCUCCAUCCAAUUCUUCAAUGGUAUAGUUACAGUACUAUCUAUAGUAUAGCAGUGGUGUAUAGAGAGGGAAAUAGUUGGAUAUAAAAUUUCAUUUUAUAUGCAGUGCCUACCAAUUAACACAACACGACCAUAUGGUGUGCGUGGUGUGUGUAGCCUCAGACUUCCAGAUUUCUGGAUGUUGAUUCUAGUGGGUGCUACAUGGGCUUGGGAGGCCGAGGCUAUUGUGUGUGUGU